AUGGGGUCCCCCGCGUACAUUGAAUGGAUGGCAUCGGGCAAGGAUCAAAUGAAUCCAGCUCGCAGUGGCGAAUGGGUUGCGCCAGUUCUUUAUGUAUUGCUACUUGCGCGAAAUCAAAACUCGUAUGAACACCUUUUACCUCCUAGCUGGAAGUCCCAGGUUACUGCAUGGCUUGCAGAAGAUACGCCAUCCUUUGACUACGCUGGAUAUGUUGUCGGUGAAGUAGAACGAGAAGCUUCUCUGUACGGCAACGGCGACCCUCUCGCCGUCCUAGCGGGAUCCCCAUUCUUCACCGAGGUUUUUACACAGCUAGGGUGUCAGGUUGAAUGGCACUACAAAGAAGGAGACACUUUUGGGCCGUUGAGGACAGUCGCGACAGUCAAGGGCAAAGUGAGAAAUCUGCUUCUGGGUGAACGCGUUGCCGUGAAUAUAUUGGCGAGGUGCAGCGGCAUUGCUACACAAUCCAAGAAAAUCAAAGAUCUUGCUCGGGGAUAUGGAUAUAACGGCAUUAUUGCUGGAACCAGGCAAACAACGCCUGGAUUUAGACUAGUAGAGAAAUAUGGCAUGCUAGUCGGAGGAAUCGACCCGAAUCGUCAUGACCUCUCGAGCAUGAUCAUGCUCCAAAACAAUCACAUCUGGUCGUUCGGUUUCAGCUUGUUACUAGACGUCCAAGUCGGUUCUGAAGCCGAGGCGAAUGAAGCGAUUGACGCUGGUGCGGACAUCGUCAUGCUCAACCUCAUCGACGGCGAAGAACUCGCAAGCGUUGCUAGGAAGUUGAAGCGGAAGUGGCGGGGAAAGAGAAAUUUUCUUCUCGAAACGAGUGAAUACAUCACAGAGGCUAAUCUACAAGCGAAAGCGAUCAAUGAAAUCGACAUCUUGAGUACCAGCAUUGUCCAUCAGAACGUACCGCACAUCCAUUUCAGUUUCGGCAUACAGAUACUGGAGCCCUACAUGUUUGCGUAG